AUGGACUCUGCAGGGGAUGUGGUUGAGUUUCCCAUCCGCAACGUGAGCCGGGGAGACAGCGGGAGCUACAGCUGCCAAUACAGCACCAAGUGGGACCCACCCGUCUGGUCAGAGCCCAGCGACCCUGUGGAGCUGGUGGUAACAGAGGGGUCCUACCCCAAACCCUCCAUCGCUGUCAGUCCUGGUGGGGUGAUCCCUGUGGGGGGAAAUGUCACCAUCCAGUGUCGGCAUCAGCGCCUGGGCCUGAGGUUCCUCCUCUACAAGGCUGGAGAUGGGAACUAUCUGAAUUACACAGACCCUGCUGGCUCUGAGGCUGAAUUUCCCAUCACCAGCACCAGACGGGAACAUGGUGGCAGCUACACCUGUCGUUAUAGCAACAGAACAGUACGAGCUCCCUACUCGGAGCCCAGCGACCCUGUGCAGAUCAUUGUAGCAGGUGAGCAGCCCAGCCCAGCACCUCGGCUCCCAGCACUACACCCAGCUAGAUCCCCGGGGGCUCUCACCGACGGGCCACUCAGAGCCCUGAGCCCAGCAGAGGGGACGCCCGGCCGGGAAGCAGGGACAGUAACUGAGGGGGUCCCAGCCAAUCCCAGCUUACCCAGACCCUCCAUCUCGCUGAGGCUCACUGGGGUCACCGCCCCAGGGGCAGACGCCAUCAUCCGGUGUCAGGGGCAGCGCCGGGACAUGAGAUUCUUCCUGCACAAGGCUGGAGACCUGAACCCGCAGCGACAGAUGGACCCUGCUGGGGACGGGGCCGAGUUCCACAUCCCCACCGUGGGCCGGCAGCACGGAGGGAGCUACAGCUGCAGCUACCGGCUCCAAUCAGAGCCCUUCGUCUCCUCGCAGCCCAGCGACCCUGUGCAGCUGGCGGUAGCAGAGCCCAGCUACCCCAAACCCAACAUCUCCCUGCACCCCAGUGGGCAGGUCGCCCUCGGGGGAGCUGUGACCAUCCGGUGUGAGUGUCGGUGUGCGGGAGCGAGGUUCCUUCUGAGUAAAGCUGGAGACCCGGACGCACGGCGCUCGAUGGACCCCGCGGGGAAUGUGGCUGAGUUUCCCAUCCGCAAUGUGAAUCGGGGAGAUGCAGGGAGCUACAGCUGCCAAUAUAGCACCAAAUCUGUCCUGUCUGUCUGGUCGGAGCCCAGCGACCCCGAGGAGCUGGUGGUAACAGCCGACACUCGCUUUCAUCCCACAGAGGAAACCGACCCAGCUGGGACCCAGCAGACGGAUCCGCCCCCGACAGAGUUAGAGGGAGAAGGGGGAACCAACCUGAUCCAUCCAGGAAUGGUGCCGACUCCCAGCCACCCAGGGGGAUCAGAACCACUGUCACCUCUGGAUUUGACCCACACCAUCGUCACUGGGAUGAGCGUGGCGGCCGCCGGCCUUCUCCUCCUUCUCGUGGCCUUUGUCUGCUAUAGAAGAACAGGAGGAAGGAAAGGACCAGCCCCGAGACAGAGCAGGGAGUCGGAGGCUGUGAAGGCUCUACCGUCCCAGCCCCAGGAGACCGACUCUGGCGCCGAGGAACUCACCUACACUGAGCUGGGCCACCAGGCCAAGCCGGGGGGCUCGGCCAUUGCCCCUGAGCCUGUCCUGUAUGCCACCAUCAACGUCAUCUGGACUCUGCUCCAUGGAGACUUCCUGAGCAGAGCGGCCGGAGAGAGGGACCCCGAUGCCAUCGCCCCUCCCCUGGCUGAACACCAAACCCGGGAGGAAAUUGGGUCAGACUUUAACAGCAGAUGCGGCGACGCCAGCUCCAGCCAGCUCCGCCGGCUCCUCUACCCCCAGGACAGUCACUAG